GCGGCGGCGCCCCGGCCCUCCAUGAGCCCGCGGCGGAGCCCCCCGCGCCCCCUCUCGCUCGGCCUCGGCCUCGGCCUCUGCCUCUGCCUGGCCGCGGCGCGGGGAGCCGCGCACCCGGAGUGACAUCACUCCCUUUCUUCCUGUGCGCCGGCUCUGACACAAGCCAGAUGGCCGUGGCCAUCGGUAGGCGCGCAGGCCGCCUGGUACCACAGUUGAUGAAACGGCGAGGAAGACGUUUCACGGUCAGCUGCGGGAGCACAAGGAGGCUGCAGCUUUGCUAACUCUCGCCCCUGUUCUUUGCCUCUGGUUUUGUUGCUGAAGAUAAUCACAGUGAUGUCUGCAUUCAACCUGCUGCAUUUGGUGACAAAAAGCCAGCCCGUAGCCCUGCGAGCCUGUGGGCUUCCCUCAGGGUCAUGUAGGGAUAAAAAGAGCUGUAAGGUGGUCUUUUCCCAGCAGGAACUGAGGAAGCGGCUCACACCCCUGCAGUACCAUGUCACUCAGGAGAAAGGGACGGAAAGUGCCUUCGAAGGAGAAUAUACACAUCACAAAGAUCCUGGAAUCUAUAAAUGUGUUGUUUGUGGAACUCCAUUGUUCAAGUCAGAAACCAAAUUUGACUCCGGUUCAGGUUGGCCUUCAUUCCACGACGUGAUCAGCUCGGACGCAAUCACGCUCACAGAUGACUUUUCCUACGGGAUGCACAGGGUGGAAACAAGCUGCUCCCAGUGCGGGGCUCACCUUGGGCACAUUUUUGAUGACGGACCUCGUCCGACGGGCAAAAGAUACUGCAUCAACUCGGCAUCCCUGUCUUUCACACCUGCAGAUGGCAGCGGCGCCGGCGGCGGGGCGGGCAGCCCGGCCCAGGCGGACAAGACCGAGCUGUAGACGAAGGGAGAGCGCCGGAGCAAGUGUACUUAACGCACAGCUUACUUCACGAUCCGAAUUGUCUAUCUUAGAUAUAUUUUUUCAAAAAAUAUAAGGGCAGUUUUGUGCUAUGGAUAUUUUUCUUCUUUUGCUUAAACAGAGGCCCUGGCAGUCAACGUAUUUUGCUAUUGACUAGAUCUGGAACUGUUUAUAACUUUAGCGAACAAAGAUAGUUUUGUGAAACUUCUUCACAAGUCGCUUAGAUACCAUUUGGCAUUAUUUGCUUUGAGCACAUAGCUUCUUUUAAGAUUUUUUUUUCCCCUUGCUUAAGAGGCCCAAGGUGCUUGGUCUUUACACGUGACAAGACCUCCAGGCGGAGCAGAGAGCGGAGCUCGGGAGUGCCGGGCAUGCAGACCUGCGAGCCACCUGGCCGGAGGUGCAGAUCUACCUAAGAUAAGGACGGAGUGAUGUCUUAGGAGACUUCUCAGCCUUGUGGAAAGUUUGAGCUAAGGUCGUUUAUUCUCGCUAAAAGGGUGUGAAGGUCUCAAGUCUUUCCUUAUGUUAAAUUGCUGCCAGACCUGAGGGGGCGCACCGAGUGUUAUGGCAGAGAAGUAAACAUUACCUCACGGUUAGGCCUUUCUUUUAUUUUAUUUUCCAUUGAAAACAUUGGAAUGUAAGACAACUGUAAAAU